UUGAUUAAGAAAGGGAAUAAAAUGAAACAUUUCAAAAAUCAUUCACUAUACACAGAAGCGUAAGUAGCUACACAUAUAUAUAUAUAUAGAAAAUAAGAGCGCCACAAAUUUAAGGAGACACUUCACCAAACUAAAUAUUUAAAAUCAAUUGCCUGCAAAAUCAAUCCAAGCUUAAGAGAAGCACAGCACAUUUGCGCAAGUAAUUAUUUUCCUAAUUUUCCCAUACUCUCUCAGUUGCAUAUCUGCUAGCAAAAGUAAAUAAAUAUAGAAUUUCAUAAUGAUGAAAAUCUUAAUCAAAACGAAAUUACUAAGUGAAAGAAAGCGUCUACGUAUUUGCUAAAUAGUUGGUUGAAUGCACAAUUUCUGCGAAAUCUUAUCGGGAAUUCCAAUACAUACUUAUAUCGUUACAAUUUAUUGCAAGUUAUCAGGAGAGAGCGAUGAACAGCUGGCUGUAUAUGCGUAAUCUGAUCGCGUAUUAACAAAUAAAUGCAACAUAAACGGGGUGCCAUGAAAUUGAAUACCCAGUUGAAUGCCAAAAGUGUUCAAUGCAACAACGUCGCGCUUUGGAACGGCUAUGAAAAAGGAUUAAAAAAGAAUUCAUACAACAACAUAUAUAAUGAAUCUCAGUAAGAGAGUCUAAAUUAAUUAUAUAUAAUUGUUAUUUGUCUGGAUCCGCUAAUUUAAAAAAAAAAAAAAACCGAAUUAAAAUAAAAAUGAUUAAACAAAUUUUGUGCAUAAUUACAAUAAGUUUAGCAAUCGCCGGUACGCGGAGUCAAAGCAUGGAAGACGACUUUUUUCCAUGCAAGAAUGGCUAUCUUAUACCCUAUUACAAAGUAUGUGACGGCUAUAAGGAUUGUAGUGAUGGCUCGGAUGAGUUCGAGGGAAAUAGUAUCAUAUCAAGUCCAUGCCUAGAAGAAGAGUGCUCGAAUUUGAAUGCCAGAUGUCAUUAUGGAGCAUGUAUUCCUUUGGAAACAUGGUGUAAUGGAAUUAGUGAUUGUGCCGACGGCUCCGAUGAGUGGAAGCUUAAUUGCAACAAAAACAACAAUCCUGAUGAAUUAUCUUGUGAGUCUGGUGAAUUUAUCCCAAAAGAAUGGUUUUGUGAUGGCAAAGCGGAUUGUGAGGAUAGCAGCGAUGAAAGUGAAUCAUAUUGUUCGUUGAAGCAGUGCGAGGAAUUUCGUUGUAAAUAUGGCGGCUGCAUUGCCAAUAAUAGGAAAUGUAAUGGCAAGAAAGACUGUAUUGAUGGAUCAGAUGAAAAUGUGUAUUACGCUUCUUGUCCGGCCGCCUUGUCUACCGUACCAAGGAUACGGCUGCAACUAGCUGCGAAUGUUUGUAAAAUUACUUACGAUGCAAACCACGAUAUACGUAAUGACAAUGAAAAUGUGCAUUUAACACCUGGCUCCUCGGUCGAUGUUGAAACUCGCAUUACGAUCAAAUGCAAAAAUAACUCUACACUCUCGACGAGUACAGCUCAAGAAGUACGCAUAUGUGGUCGAAAUGGUUGGGAUGACGAAAUACCAAAGUGCCUUCAGUUCUGUAACGCGGACCUUUUAGUGCGUAGUCGAUCAACGAUUGCCGACUGCAAGCGCUAUACGGAGCGAGUGCCAUGUGAGAGGAUAGAACCCAAUACCGUGGCGGUAAUAAGUUGCGCCGACGGUUAUCACAUGCCGAACGGGUUAGAGGCCACCUUCACCAUGUUGUGUCGAAACGAUGGUAGAUGGAAUAAAGAAAAAGUCAAUUGCAUGCCGAGUUGUGGGAAAAUAGAACAAGAUCCAACAUCGUCGAAAGCACCAUGGCACGUUCGUAUCAAAGCGCAGUCGAUCAACGUAUGUGGCGGUACUAUACUUUCCACAAAUCUUGUAAUAACGGCUCUACAUUGCGUGUUUGACGAGAAUGAGGAAGUCCUCGACGCAAACUAUGUUCAAGUAGUCGCCGCUAAGAGAUUCGAAAACAACACCAUUGUCACGCAUACUGAAAACGUAUCGAAUAUAUAUGCCAAUCGCUCGGUCGAUGCUGUUGUUUUGAAACUAAGCACACCCUACAUUUUGAGUAAAAACAUAAGACCAAUUUGCCAUAAAUUUACAUCGUCGUCGGGCAACACAGUGAAUAAAAAUGCAAACGUGCACAAAUGGCCUACACGAAGCGCACAUCGAGGACAAAUAGAAUUCCCGAAAACCGCAGUGCAAACUCUAUCCGGUCGUGAUUGCAACGCCCAAAUUACGGCGGAUCAAUUUUGUGUGCGCCCCACAUCUAACUGGAAAAGUAAGGGGGCAGACUUGUGUCAGGGCGACAGUGGCAGUGGCGUUGUUGAGAGAAGAAAUGGCCGAUGGCAUUUAAUUGGAAUUAUUAGUUCCAAGCCAUCGCAUGGAUUUAUAUGCACCAGAGAACCGGUGGCCGCUGUCGAUUUUACCGAGAUACCUGAAAUGUUGCAGCAAGUAAUUGAGGCAGAUGUGGAAGUGAAAUACGAUCAUGAAUGAAGUGUUUAAGA